AUUAGAUAAUUAAUUAUUAGAAAAUAAAACGAGGGGGGAAAGAGCAGAAGAAAAAGAAAGAAAGAGAAGCCAAAGGAAUAUGCUGCUGUGUGUACGAUGCGUAUAAUGCUCGAUAAAUUGCGUUGCGUGGACUCCAAUUCCAUAGGAUUUCAACUACGUCUCUGGUGUUUGCUAAUUUAGUCUUUGAUCCGAGGAGGAAUCGCCGAAUCAACACUGGAAAAUGGCAUCGACUGCGGGUCUGGUUCCCAUAACCAAGCAAUUCCUCGCUUCUUACUACGACAAAUACCCUUUUGUGCCUCUCUCCGACGACGUUUCUCGUCUCACCUCUGAGAUUCGCUCCUUCGCCUCUGAUUUGCUCAAGGACUUACCUAUCCCACAAGGCGAAAGGUUGUUGGUGGAAGAAGCGGACCGUCUGCCUGUUCACAAAAUUGACGAGAAUAUGUGGAAGAAUCGAGAGCAUAUGGAAGAAAUUCUGUUUUUACUUGAUUAUUCCCGUUGGCCCUCGGCACUUCGACAGCCUUCCACACCUGAAGACAAUGAACUUGCUACAGUUUUUAGCAACAUCAAAGACAAGUUUCACAAGACUUUGAAGACAUUGGAGUCUUUCCAAGUUAAAAAUUCUGAACGUGUAUUUAAUACAGUUAUGACCUACAUGCCUCAAGAUUUUCGGAGAACACUUAUCAGACAGCAAAGGGAGCGGUCAGAGAGGAAUAAGCAAGCAGAGGUUGAUGCUUUGGUUAAUUCUGGAGGAAGUAUACGUGAUCGCUAUGCUUUGUUGUGGAAACAACAAAUGGCUAGGAGGAGACAGUUAGCACAACUUGGUUCUGCAACAGGUGUAUACAAAACUCUUGUGAAGUACUUAGUAGGAGUUCCACAGGUUUUACUAGAUUUUAUUCGGACAAUAAAUGAUGAUGAUGGGCCUAUGGAAGAGCAAAGACACCGUUAUGGACCACCUUUAUACAACCUUACAACACUGGUUCUUUACAUUCGAAUGUUUAUUUCACUAUCAUGGGGAAGGUUUGAGGCUAGUAAAUUAAAUGGUCAUCAAGCUGCUGUCUUGAAACAAGCGGUUGAUAUCUACACCCUUGAGUUUGAAAGAUUUAUCUCCUUCAUCAGUGAGGUAUUUGUAAAUUCCCCUUUCUUCAUUUCAGCUGAGGUUGCUGGUACACUAGAUGCAAGGAAAAAUGAUGAAUUCAAAGAGAUAAGUGUUCCAGCUGGGAAAACCUAUGAGGUUUCAUUGGUAGUGGACUCAAUAAACUCAUACAUAGCUUGGGAUUUCUCGUUGAUACAAGGCAAGAUAAACUUGGAUGUUGGAUUUAGUGUGGAGUAUGUGGAUCCUUCUGGGCAAAAGACUCUAAUAUUACCUUACCGCCGUUAUGAGUCUGACCAAGGAAACUUCUGUACAUGUAUGGCUGGUAACUACAAGCUCAUUUGGGAUAAUUCAUAUUCAGCAUUUUUCAAAAAGGUCGUCCGCUACAAGGUGGACUGUAUACCUCCAGUAGUGGAACCAAUGCAAUCCACAAAUGAAGUGGAAGGAUGACAGGAUCCUUGUUGGCUGUGACAUCCUGUUAAAUGAUGUGUAAUGAUUUCAAUCAAAUUCAUUUAUACCAUUUUUUUUAAUUGCAUCUUGCACAGGUGGUUGGAUAAAAUCAUAUAGCAACUGUAAUAUCUCGAAUAUUACCUGGCAAUCAGCAUAAUCCAUUCUUCUUACUGUUGCAAUGGAUGCGCGAGCACCAUUUGUAACAAUUUAUAGACUCUA